AUGCCGAAUCCGCACUAUGACUUCCUGAUCAAGCUGCUGCUGAUCGGCGACUCGGGCGUGGGCAAGUCGUGUCUGCUGCUGCGAUUCUGCGACGACGCGUGGACGCCUUCGUUCAUCACUACGAUCGGGAUCGACUUCAAGAUCCGCACGAUCGAGCUGGACGGCAAGCGGAUCAAGCUGCAGAUCUGGGACACGGCGGGCCAGGAGCGCUUCCGCACCAUCACCACGGCUUACUACCGCGGCGCCAUGGGCAUCCUGCUCGUGUUCGACGUGACGGACCAAAAGUCGUUCGAAAAUGUGCGAACGUGGCACGCCAACAUCGAGCAGCACGCGAGCGAAGGCGUCUCCAAGAUCCUGAUCGGCAACAAGUCGGACUGGGAGGAGAAGCGUGCGGUUUCGAUGGAGCAAGGCGAGGAGCUGGCCAAGGAGCUCGGGAUCCCCUACAUCGAGACGUCGGCCAAGUCGAACGCCAACGUUGAGGAGGCGUUCUUCAACCUGGCGCGCGAGGUCAAGACGCGCCUCAUCGACACGGCAGCGGUCACGCAGGCAUCUCCUGCGGCGGCGGCGGCAGGCAACGUCAACGUCAACUCGGCUCCCAAGAGCGGCGCCACGGGCGGAUGCUGCAACUAG